AGGCGGCACUCGAGCGCUCACACCAGCCGAAGGAAGGACCCCUGAAGGAGGAAUGCGGAACUGAUUCCGCCCAUUAGCACAAACAUACACACACACAAACAAUACACAGUUUUCUUUGCGAAAGUGAGUUGGAGGCCUGAAACUGGGGAGUGUUUUGUCAUGUAAUACCAACUAUCCCAUGGCAAGACACUUUAUGGAAAACCACAAUAGAGACCAAUCUACAUAGCAGGUCUUUGGGAUUGACCACAUUCCUUUGUCCUUACGAAAAGGGAAUAGGCAAAGGCAGCUGAACCAACGAGAGACCUUCUGGAUAUACAGAGCGGGGGAUAUGCACAGGCGUAAUGGAGGUGAGCGAGUGUUUGGACGGUUCUCUGGUUCCAGAGGAAGAUUCGCUCAUUGAAGGCGUGAGUGACCCGGUUCUGCUGGUUCUGGUACUCAGCGUGACAUUCCUGUUCGGCCUGGCAACGCUGCUCUGCAGGAACGAGCAGCAGCGGAUCCACCCGGAGAACCAGGAGCAUGUGCGUGUGGUGCGGGAACAGCUUCAGUCCGAGCAGGGCUCGUCCGCAGAGACGAGGCAUCAGUUCUACUCGGACAUGUCGUGUCCUGUGUGUCUCCAGCAAGCGGUUCUGCCCGUCGAGACCAACUGUGGGCAUCUCUUCUGCGGUCCGUGUAUCGUGGCGUACUGGCGUUACGGAGCGUGGCUCGGCGCCAUCAACUGCCCCAUCUGCAGGCAAAUGGUGACCCUGCUGUUCCCACUCUUCCACGACGCCGGACCCGGCGCUGCGACUGCGGACGGGCAAGUGGAACCGGUUCUGAUCCUCACAGACAUCAGCGAUUACAACCGCAGGUUCUCCGGGCAGCCGCGCUCCCUGCUGGACCGGCUCCGGGACGUCCCCACGCUGCUCCGGCACGCCUUCAGGGAGGUGUUCUCGGUGGGAGGCCUGUUCUGGAUGUUCCGGCUGCGGAUCCUGCUGGUUCUGCUGGGAGCACUGGUGUACCUGGCGUCCCCGCUCGACUUCAUCCCCGAGGGGGUCGUGGGUCUGCUGGGCUUCCUCGACGACUUCUUCGUCAUCCUCCUGCUCUUCAUCUACAUCUCCAUCAUGUACCGCGAGGUGGUGACGCAGAGAUUAGCCGGGUGACUCCUCUCCGACCGCAGACGCCUUUAUUCAUCACAACGAUUACAGCGGUGUGUGUGUUCUCACGCACACACACACACACACAGUCUCGGUCUGUCAAUCAAACGCGGCUGAUUUCUGCAUUCAGGAAAGACAUGGGAUCAUGAAUGACUUGAUGAUCUUUGAAGUGUUACAAAGAGAAAACCGUGUUUUACAAUAAAUGGCCGUUCCUCCUCCUCGUCGUGUGUAAUCAGCGCUGUAUCUCGCUGUUGUUUUGGGCUUUUAUUGCGUCAGAAGUGACGAACAGGAUCAGGAAUAUUACCAAAUGCUCAUCACACUGUUUCUCGUUGCUUCUGAGAGGCUUUGAGAAAACUUGUGUUUACAGCGUCUCACUUUAAAGUCUCCAUCAAAUCAAAUUUCCUGUUUUAUUGGAAUAAUUCCAUGUUUAUAUUAAAUGUUUUAUGUGUGCACAUCA